CCCCCCGACGAGGCAUUGACCCCCAACCCCUCCCCUCUGGCCAGCCGGGACCCUCAAUCCCAACCCACCAACGGGGCUGGGACCCUCCAGUCCCAUUGCCUGACUGGAACCCCCCACGCCACCGCCAGGGCUGGGGCUCCCAAUGUCCCCCCUCGCCCGGCCGGGCUCCGCCAACCCCCGCUGUCACUCGGCUACCGGGACUGGACGUCCCCGGUCACGUCCCAACGCUGCCGACGAACCGAGAGCCCAGCUCCGGGGGAGGGUGGGCAGGAUGGGGGCACUCGUGAAGCUCGGGGCCCCCCAGCCUCACGGACCAGAUCCGGGGAUCAGGGGGAGCACUCUGGUCCCACGGCGGCAGCCACACGGGGAGAACCGGGAUGCUCAGCUGCCGGAUCCCCACCGAGGCAGCCGGUCGCGCUGGAGCCCCGGUACUCCAGAGCCCGUACCUGUGACAGGGUGCCUCCGGGGUGCCCUGCGGGUGUCUUUGGGGUGCCACUGGGAUGGCUGGUGUCGGCUCUGCACUGAGCCCCGUGGAGUCAGCCGGAGCCCCAGUGCCUGGACCUGUGCUGGGGUGCCUUCGGAGUGCCUCUGGGGUGCCAUCGGGGUACGCUUAGGGUGCCUUCGGGGUGCCCUGGGGUCCCCAACGCGGCUGCCUGCAGAGCUGGACGUGGCGGUGCGCGUGGUGCUGUACACGCUGAUCUUUGUGCUGAGCGUCGGGGGCAACACGCUGGUUGUGGCCGUGCUGGCUCUGAACCGGCGAAUGCGCACCGUCACCAACUGCUUCCUGCUGUCCCUGGCGCUGAGCGACCUGCUCCUGGCACUGUGCUGCAUGCCCUUCACCCUGCUGCCCGGCCUCAUGGGCGCCUUCGUCUUCGGCGACACCGUCUGCAAGCUCGUCGCCUACCUCAUGGGAGUGUCAGUGGCCGUGUCCACCUUCAGCCUGGUGGCCAUCGCCCUCGAGCGCUACAGUGCCAUCUGCAACCCGCUGCAGUCGCGUGCCUGGCAGACACGGUCCCACGCCUGCCGCGUCAUCGCUGGCACCUGGGCACUGGCGGCGCUGCUGAUGCUGCCCUACGCCGUGUACAGCACCACGCGCCCCGCCGCCCCUCACGCCCCCCGCCCGCCCCCCGUGCAGUGCACGCACCUCUGGCCCAGCGAGCACAUCCGGCAGGCCUGGUACGUCCUGCUGCUCCUGGUCCUCUUCUUCAUCCCGGGUGUGGUGAUGACGGUGGCGUACGGGCUCAUCUCCCGCGAGCUCUACCGUGGCAUCCGCUUUGAGCUGCACGUCAAGGGGGAGGCGGCAGCCCAGCGUGGUGCCGGGGGGGACACAGCGCCCAGCUGUGAUGAGGGGGACGGGUGCUACCUGCAGCUGUCGCGCCCGGGCGCGGCACUGGAGCUGCGGGCGCUGGGGGCGGAUGCGCAGCAGGACCGGGCACGCGUCAACAGCUCAGGGGCCCAGCUGGCGGCCAAGCGGCGCGUGAUCCGCAUGCUGGUGGUCAUCGUGGCCAUGUUCUUCCUCUGCUGGCUGCCCAUCUUCGCCGCCAACACCUGGCGCGCCUUUGCCCCGCGGGCGGCCCAGAGGGCGCUCUCGGGGACCCCCAUCGCCUUCAUCCACCUGCUGUCCUACACCUCGGCCUGCGCCAACCCCCUCAUCUACUGCUUCAUGAACCGCCGCUUCCGCAAGGCCUUCGGGGCCACCUGUGCGGGCUGGGGGUGCCGCCGGGCCUGCCCCCGCCGCCCCCCCGACGACGAGCCCCCCAUGGCCAGUGCCUCGCUCUCCAAGUUCAGCUACACCACCGUCAGCAGCCUGGGCCCCCCCUGAGCCAGAACCCUGAGCUGGACCCCCUUGAGCCCCCUCAACACCAGUGCCUGGGGCCCCCUUGAGCCCCUACCCCAUGAGCCCGCUCCUCCGUGAGCCCCCCGUGGCCAGAGCCUCACUCUCCAAGUUCAGCUACACCACCAUCAGCAGCCUGGGUCCCCGUGAGCUGGGACCUGCCAGCCCCCUCACACCACUGCCUGGGGCCUCCCUGAGCCCAGCCGCCCUGAGCUGGACCUCCCCCAGCCGGACUCCCUCGAGCCAGACCCCCACCUCGCAAUCCCCGAGCGCUGCCAGCACCUCCUGUGCCCCCCCCUCCCCGUGCCUCCCAGCUCAGGGCACUCCCAGACCCCCGCCCUCCCGGGACCCCCUCACCCACCAGCCCCACUCAGCCCCAGUACCCCAGUCCCCAUCUGGGUAGGGGCGAAGGGCGGGGCAGGGGCACCCUCGGGGCUGGGCAGGAUGGGUAGGGGGGAAGUUGAGGCGCCCCCAGCCCGGGGUCCCCCUGCGCCGCUCUCCAGCUCCAGUCACAAUAAACUUGUCCUGUGCCACCUGUGCCACUGGUGCCCACCCGCGACAGCUGUGCCCUUCAGCGUCGCUGCUCCCACCACUCCCGUCCGGCCACCGCGGAGGCUCCGCGGGGCAGCCCCGGGCGCGGGACGGCGGGUUGGCACCGCGCAGGGCUCGGAGGGCGGCGGGCUGGGACCCUCCGCUGCGGGGACCCCCGAACCUGGCGACGGCACGACCAGCCUCGAGGGGCUGGGAGCCCCGGGUGCCGUGUGGCCCCACCGUCCUCCGGGGGUGACCCCACGGUCCCGGUGUCCCCUUCCCAGCCCCGGCUCGCCGAGGUGCCCCGGACUCCAUGUCCCGUGACGCCCCGCGCUCAGCACAGGCCCCGCCCCCGUGUUUGUCCCCAGGUGGCCGCGCCCUCUCCCCGUGACUCCGCCGCCCAUUGG